AUGGUCCUGUUAUUUGACCAAGCUGAUGUCAGUAUCGGCAUCACACUGCAGCAAACCGACUAUGCUUUCAUCGCUAUAUCAUGUCUUUGGGUAUAUGACUUUGCUCUCACCCUCGAUAAAGAUGCCGCGUUCAUACUGUACGCUCCAUGGGGAAUACCCAAACUGACCUAUCUUACCUGCCGAUACUUACCAUUUGCAUUGGUCGUCACCGAUAUGUUUCGAAUUUUACAGCUUGGACUUUCCCUUAAGUCCUGCACAACAUUGUUUGCACUUAACUCAUAUAUCAGAGGAAUCGUAUUGUUUUGUGCAGAAUCACUCUUUAUGCGGAGAAUUUGGGCGGUAACGGGUCGCAGAUGGCUGAUAACGUGUUGCAAUGCUGUGCUCUUCUUGGUCCCAUUGGUGGUGACAGUUACAUUAUCCGACUCUUCUUCCUCAAUCAUGCAGUCACCUCUUCCAAAAGUUGCAAGUUGCUACGACAGCAAGCAGAGUCGCAUUAUCAUCGUAGCCUACGUUUUGCUCGUCAUCGCAGAAAUAGAAAUCCUCAGUUUCAUAUUGUACCACUCGUGGAAUUUUUAUAGAGAACAUGGAAACGAUGCGCCUCUUGUACGGGUCCUUGUCAAACAUAACGUGUUUUAUUUUGCCUGUGGGCUUCUAUCUUCCACCACGGUUGUGGUCGUCGUGCUUACUCUUCCCGCGUCAUACGGAGAUGUAACAUCAAUUUUACAGGUCGCGAUACACGGAAUACUAGCGACACGCAUGCACCGCGAGCUGUACAACACAGCCCACCACACUGAAGAAACUUCCACCGGGAACUUGUCCCUUCCUCUUGUUUUUGCGCCAGCUUCGUUAGAGAUGCAACCUGUCUAA